AUGGCCAUUCAAGACAUAAAGUGGGACAUACUCGGAAUUAGCGAAAUGAGAAGAGAAGGUGAAAACAUACAUGAAUAUCAAGACUACAUAUUGUUCAACAAAGGUGAAAAAGGAGGCAAAAGAGGAGUGGGAUUCCUCAUAAAAAUGUCUUUGAAGAAACAAAUACAAAGCAUAUUUGCAUACGCACCAACCGAGCAAGCUGCAGAAUCGGAGAUAGAGUCAUUCUACGCCGAUCUGGCAAAAGCUAUCAGAAACUACACUAACAACCAUAUUAUACUGAUGGGGGAUUUUAAUGCUCAGAUCGGGGAAAAACAAUAUGAGGAGGAGUAUGUAUUGGGCAAACAUGGGCUUGGAUUCGGAGGAUGGUGGAUUAGGAAUAUCAAAAUCAUCAGGGAGGUCUAA